AUGAUCGGACGCGCAUUAUGGGUAUGUAAGACCCGGGCAGGAAAGAGGGGUAACAAGCCUGGGAUUCUGCCUUUUCUAUGCGCGGUGAUAGCGUGCUCAGCCCUGUCGGCUCUGCUUUUCGUGGACUUCAUUGAAUCAUGGGUCACCUCCAUGGGAAUGAACACUGUGGUAGAGCCGCACAUCGGGAUCAUCCCACCGCAAAGCGUCCCUCCUACCAGACCAGAGGAAUUUUUGCUCAUGCCUAGCCCACUUGUGUGCCAACGUGCCAAGCCUUACCUCAUCAUGAUGGUUACUUCGGCUCCUGCCAAUCAGAGGGCUCGCCAAGCCAUCAGGGACACUUGGGGAGGGGAGGUGGAGGUGAGAGGUCUGCGGGUCAUGACCCUCUUCAUGGUCGGUGUGGCGUCUGACCCCGGACUGGCUAAGCUGCUGAUAGAAGAGGCUCGGGAGAAGGGAGACCUGGUUCAGGGGCGUUUUUUGGACACGUACUCCAACCUCACCCUUAAGACUCUGUCCAUGCUGGGCUGGACCCGGAGGUUCUGCCCUCAGGCUCACUUCAUGGCCAAAGUGGAUGAUGAUGUCCUGUUCAAUCCCAGCUCUCUCCUACACUUUCUGAAUAAGAGCCGUAACCCCUAUGAACAAGGAGACUUGUACCUUGGCAGGGUGCAUCUCCAUGUGGCUCCCGACCGGGACCCGGACAGCAAGCACUACCUACCCUCAGGAGCCUACCCUCCUUCUGUCUUUCCAGACUAUUGCAGUGGCACAGCCUAUGUAUUGUCCCGGUCUGCAUUGCUCAAAAUUUCCCUGGCAGCCUCUGCAUCACCGUUAUCCACACCUCUUCCGCCCGAGGAUGUGUUUGUAGGCUUGUGUGCCCGGGCAGCUGGAGUGCUCCCCUCACACUGCCCUCUCUUCUCCGGUGGACCAAGUAUGCCGUACGGACGCUGCUGCUAUCAGGCCAUGGUGUCCAUCCACCACAUCCCACCCAGAGACAUGCUGCACUAUUGGGCUGAUGUGCAUUCACCACCUCCCUGCUCCUGGUUGAAUGUACGUGCUUCUUUGGGGAUUUGCAAAGUCCGGGCGAUGCUGGGCACAGCUCUGGGAUUGGAGCAAGGAUUGUGA